AUGGAAGCAUCCAUGGAAUCUCCGCGGAAUGACCAAGGCACUCCCGCCGCUGCUCAACCCUUGUCGAAGAACGCGCAGAAACGGCUGCUCAAACAGCAGCGGUACGAGGAGAAGAAAGCGGAAAAGAAAGCUCAGGUGAAGGAGCAAAAGAAGAAGGAGGUCGAGCGGAAGCGGAAGGAAUGGCAGGAGAAACUGGCCGGCGUGAGCGACGGGGAAAGGGAAAAGCUGAUUGAAGAGAGGAAAAAUCUCAGAAAAGAGCGCAUGGAGCAGCGAUCGGAGGAAAGGGGAAAGAAAAUAGGGAGGCUGCAACAAGCGAGGAUCGAUGGUCAGAAUAUUGUUAUCGAUUUGGAGUUUGCUCAUCUUAUGAGCUCUUCUGAAUUGCAUAGCCUCGUUCAGCAGAUUAUGUAUUGCUAUUCGUCGAAUGGAAAAUGCCCCUUGCCUGCGCAUAUUUGGCUAACUGGUUGCCUUGGAGAAAUGAAAAAUCAGCUCUUACGGAUACCUGGAUAUGGAAACUGGGUAAUCGAGAAGGAGGAUCGGUCUUAUGUGGAAGUUUUUCAGGAUCAAAAGGAAAAUUUGGUGUAUCUCACUGCUGAUUCUGAAAAUGUCCUGGAUGAACUUGAUCCAAAAUCCAUAUACAUCAUCGGUGGUUUGGUGGAUAGGAACCGAUGGAAAGGCAUUACUAUGAAGAAAGCAGAAGAGCAAGGGAUCAAAACUGCUAAACUGCCUAUUGGAGCAUACAUGAAGAUGUCCAGUUCUCAGGUCCUCACGGUGAAUCAAGUAAUUGACGUACUGCUCAAGUUUUUGGAAACAAAAGACUGGAAGAAUUCAUUUUUUCAAGUUAUACCUCAAAGGAAAAGAUGUGAAUCGAGCUCAGAGGACAACCAAGAAGAGGGUGAAACAAAAGAGACCGAACAGGGAGGAGACGAGAAGCUACCAGGAAGUGAAGAUCGUCCUGAAGAUAAUCAAGAAGCAAGAUUGCUGGUCAACGAUCAAAGGGCCAAAAGACAGUGCCUUGAACAAUCUUGAUCAUUUUACCUGGAUAACUUAUAGACACCAAUUUAGCAGAUAUUCUUUUUCAUUGUGUGUUCCUGAGCUUACAAAAAUAUUCAGUGAAGUUUUUAUUAUGGCCUUCCUUUCAAAUUAAA